CCCACCACCUCCUCUUUGACCGACGCAGUCGUUUCGCUUGGAAUUACCAAAACCACCACCGUUCUUGUUCACAGCGCUGAUGCCCUAGCCUCAACCACCGUCACCCAAGCACUGCCUCCUGUUAGCGCAAUUGUCGCUGAAACUCCAGCUAGCAAAUUGACUUUACACUCCUCAGUCACCCCACCCAGCCACAACUCUCAGAUUGUAGUUGCUGACGAUCAGACUCAAGCUCCGAGCCAAACGACCUCUUUCAAUAACAAUAGCCCCAUUGAAGUGCAUGAACCGUUGUCGACUUCAUCCGCUGACGAUGCCACUGCCACCACUACUGCAAUCUUACCUACUGCUGAUCAAACUAUAGCAGACCUCCAUCCUCACUCUGAUCCUCGAUCACACCGUGAUUUUGCUGGUCAUCAAAUCUCAUCUUCCCCAAUCUCUGACAACAUGAUUGCUCCAUCAGACCUUACAACUCACCCUUCACCUACCCCUUUAAGGACAGCCACCCGACCUGAACCAAUCCCUGAUCCUCUUCCUACUUCAGUCCACCCAACUUCCCAAAACUGCCCUGACAACCUUGAUGUAGCUGAAGUAGUAUCCCUAGCUGUUGAAAAAGAUGAUGGAGCUCUUAUUGAAACCCAACUAGCUCCGGAAUAUUCAAGCACAACUAUAGAAUACUACAACAACCUUGAUGAUUACCUCAAACUCUCUGGUGUAAAUGAGACCAAGAAAAAGAAGAAGAAUAAAAAGAAGAAGACAACCAUUAAUUCUGGAUCUGACUUCUCCACCACUUCAUCUCCCCAACUUGUUGACACCCCCAAUACUUCCACCAAAUUAUUACCAUCACCGCCUGUUAAUGAACCAACCGCUGCCAUAGGGGCCUUGUCUAUUAUUAGGGAAGAAGCCUUGGCUGCUCUGGAAAGAAAGGGCGACCCCCGCUACCGCCCAAUUGAAGAUUCAGAGUUUAUUGGAUUAGAUGAAUGCAAUGACAGCCCGACUUCAACUCCCAACAACCCUACUUCAGCUCCCGACAACCCAAUUUUAUUUUAUGUUUGAUACCUUCACCCUCUGUCCCCUACACCUAUCCUCCAACCUUCCUCACCUCCCAGUAGUCUCCUUUCUAUAUUAACUCCAUUUUUCCCCAAUCUCCCUGAGUUUUCCUUCCCAAAUCAGCCACCACCCCUGAACUCUUCUACAAAUCUCCUGCUUACUUUCCUAUUUUUUCUCUGUCCUUGCUGCUGUUAAUUUUCCCUUUCUUUAUUUUCUUUUAUAGGAGGGGAGACUGUAAGCCCUGCUCCUCACAGGCUUACACAAACCUGUCACAAGAUUACAUAAGCCUGUUUUCACCUUGUAUUUAGUCUCACCCUUCUCCUUUACCUAGACAGCAGAGAUUCUUCUCUCUGGUCUAGGUAAGUACCCUUUCUUCCUUCCUUCUCUUCUCAUUUCCUUUCCUCACUCUCCUUCACUUGUAUAUACUAAUGAGAGAUUCUUCUCUCUGGUCUAGACUGAAAUAAAACCCACUUUGGUACUAGAA